AUGUCAAGACCGACCGAACUGCCGCAAGUCUAUUGUGGCCCUAGAGUUCAAACUUUAUUUGUUGCAAUACCGGGCGUGGGAACAUCUCCUCCAGACAAAUGGAGCGAUCUGAAUGAAGACAUCUGGCCAAAGUCUAUACAGACAGAUUCUGCUCCUGAUGUUGGCAUCUUCUAUUUCCCAAAUGAGCUGGUCACAGAAGAUCAGGGUUUCUCUUGGGAAAAGGUCGAGACGGCUGGCGCUAGUUUUCUUGGGGCUCUAGAACGUUUCGUCCAAAGCAACCAGCUGAAUGGCUGUCCAAUAUUUCUCGCUGCGCACAGCACAGGUGGCAUCAUUUUGAAGCGGGCUUUGUGUAUUGGCUAUCACAAUCCUCAACGUUUCCGUCCUCUUCUUCAAAAUAUCGCUGGGAUCAUUUUACUUGCAUGUCCUCACUCAGUCUCAGAUGAUCCCGAUGCAUGGUCGAAUAUUCCUUUGAUCUUCAAAACAUUUUUGAAGUCGAAGGCGAAACACGUCAUAACUCGACAGUCAUCGAUUGGCUUGUCAAAUGACUGUCUCAGCUUUCAAUGGGCCAUAGGUGAAAUUCCAGUCUUGAGCAUAUCCGAGACAGUGAAGACUCGCACUGGUGGAAUUCUUAGUCACAAAGUAAUGCUCGUCGAUAAAGCCUUUGCCAAAACGAAUGCAAAAAGUGAACAGAUGCUUCUGUCCAAAUCAGACCAUGCGAAUAUAUGUUGCGUUGAGACUGGUAGCACUGAGUCCACUACCAUAACUUCUUUUAUUGAGUCGGCGGCGAAGAAAGCAAAUGACAAAAUUAAAAGAAAGUCUCAGGAGUACAUGAUGCCCAUCGGACUUGGUGAAUCUACAGUUCGAAGCAAAUCAAGCUCAGGAUCACUGGAACGAGAAAAGAUAACAUACACGGGCACAAACUCGUCAGCUCCCGUACACAUUUCGCUCGUUACAAGUAACGAAGGGACUUCGGGCUCCACAGUUGGCAGCUUUCAACUCUUGCCCACUCUCACGGACUUCUCUGUUGAUAAGAUGGAUCCAAAGUUACCCUGCUUUGUGAUGCCGCUGAGUCGGAACCUUGUAUUCUCUGGCCAAGCCGAUGUGCUGGAGCAACUUGAAAAAUAUCUAUCACCUAUCAGCGACGACUAUUCUGCCUCGGAUGAGUCAGAAACCGGUAGUCAUCUACGAAUGUUCGCACUUUGCGGCCCAGGCGGCAUGGGGAAAUCUCAGGUCGCAGCUGAAUUUGUGUAUAAGUCCAACGAGCUGUUUGAUGCCAUUAUCUGGAUAUCAGCUGAUGAGCCAGUAAAACUCGCUCGAAGCUUUGACCAAGCAGCAGUCGCUCUUGGAUUGGUGGAGGCGGACUCUAUGGAGUCUAGGGAUCAUAUCUUGACCCGAGAUGCUGUAUUGGGAUGGCUCGCAAACCCUAUCAAGUCAUAUAAGCAACGCGAAAACGCUCAAUUCAAUGAGGCGACUUGGCUAUUAGUUUUCGAUAAUGUGGAAGAUCUUGAUAUGCUUGACGAGUACUGGCCAGCAUACGGUUCUGGGUCGAUUCUGGUAACAAGCCGAGACCCUCUUGUGAAAUCCUAUGGUUAUUCUCUCAGGCGUGGAUUAAGUAUGCCGGCACUCGAUACCACCGAGGGAGAAAAGCUGCUCAUCAAGUUAACCGGUCGAAGAAAACUGAGCAGCGAAGAGCGGGAUAGUGCCGCUGCGAUAGCUGAAGUUCUCGGUGGCCUUCCCUUGGCCAUCGUCCAAAUGGCUGGUGUGAUUACACGUCAAGACCUAACUUUCUCUGAGUUUCUGCUCAGGUAUCAAAAAGAAAGUGUCCAUGCAGAACUUUUCAACCUUAAGGUCGGACCUUCGAAAGCUCGCGCAGGCUAUGAGCACACAAUUGCCUCUGUUUGGGCAUUAGAUAACUUGGAAGAAUGUAGCCAGGCCUUGCUGCAGGCUAUGUCCCUCCUCGAUCCAGAUAGUAUUCCCGAGUACAUUUUAGAGGAGAACCCGGCCGCAAGUACAUGGCCCGGCUAUCCAUCAACGACCGCGGAGUACCUGAACGCUCGGACAGAGCUAAUCCAAAGAUCCCUGAUUAUACGCCAAAAGGACAAGACGCUCAACAUACAUCGGCUUAUCCAAGACGCAGUCAGAGCGAGAAUGACCGAUGAUGAGUUCAGCAACGCGUUCAGCUCCAUGUUAUCCUUUGCCUCAGCUGUCUGGCCAUAUGAGGAGUUCAGCUUUGGGAAUGAGAUAUAUCGGUGGGCUCGAUGCCAGGAACUCUUCCCUCACAUCCUCAAACUUCAAAGCUUAUUCUCCAGGUUUAAGUUACCAACAAAUUUAACGCAACAUCAUUUGGAUGGCCCCAAGCUUUUUAUUGAUACUGCAUCAAACACCAAUAUGUGGGGCCGCUUAGACGAUACAAUUCCUCUUCUCUAUCUAGCAGAAUUGAUGUGCGAUGCCCUUGCGGAUGGGAAUGAAGACGGUCCGUCCACACAAGAUCUGAACGACCAGCUGAUCGUACUCUACCGAACCAUAAUUUAUGAGCGUGGGGUUCGAGCUCUACAUACCAAUGACCCAGAGGGGGCCUUACUGAAUAUGGAAAAAUUCAACCAGCUUGUGCGCGACAGCUAUCAAGACAAGUCCCGCGGCACAGACCAAACACUUGGUGUCUCCUGGAACGAGCUCGGCAACGCCUAUCUCCAGAACAACGACGGCGUCAAAGCGGAAAAUUGUUUUCUCGAAUCUAAGCGGUCUUUGGAAGCCCUGGAUGGCGCAACACGAAUAAGUAUCUCGAUGCCCCUGAUCAAUCUCGGCUUUGCGGCUCUGGUUCAGGGCCGGGAAGCCGAGGCGGAUGAGAUCUUCUCUCAAGCGCUGGCAGAUCGAGAGAAGGAAUAUGGGGCCAACGACAAGAUUUCAUUCGUGACAGGUAAACUUCUCCUGGGCUAUGGCAACGUAAAGCUCGCGCAAGGAAAACUCGACGAGAGCUUUCUGCUUCACCAUCGCUGCCUACAGCAGUACAAAUCAACGGUAGGAAAUAACCACCACCGUACUGCCGAUGCCUGCGUGAAAGUAGCUUCUCAUUAUAUUCGGCUUGAAAUCUUUGAGUCAGCCUUAGCAUUACUCGAUCAGGCCAUCAAGAUAUACACCACGGGCGGCCAUCCGUACUUCAUCGCGGAGCACACGCGCGCCCGCCGGAAUCGUGGGAUCCUGUUCGAGCGCUUUGGAAAGCCGACCGAGGCGAAAGCCGAUCUAGAUAUUGCAAGGGAAUUAUGGAGGACGAUGUGUCCGGACGACCUGAGGAAGUUUGAGGAUUUGGAGAAUAAAGAUUUUGAUCAACGGAUCAUGUUUUGGUCGAGAUGA